AUGCGGGGCGUGUCAAUCCCAGUUCUUGCGGGCUUCGUCGGGUAUACCUUUGCUGGCAUCCACCGUCAUGGGCAUGGCCAUCGUCAUCGCAACUUGAUUCCCCAUGUUGAAGACCUGGCGUUGCGAAGUGCGGGCUGGGAUAAUGCGAAUAACAGCCAAGACGAUUUUGAGGUGGAAUUGAUUACCAUCACGACCACAACCACAACCACGGUUUUUGGAAAAUGUGCACCAACAAAUACUCUUCACAGCACAAUUACGCUUGUCAAAAAUAUCCCCGAGCCUACACCAUGUACUCCUGCUCAUGACAUGCCCAUUCUUGCGCCACAAGAGCCACAUCAGGACCACUGGGAUCAACUGCAGCCCGACCUUAUUCUCUCCGCGCCGACAAACACAGCGCACGCUCAACCUCAAUUCACUUACCCCGAGCAUUUAGCCCCUAGGCCAAUGGAGGUAGAGAUGACGACUACCAUCUUAAACACCCAAACAAUUACCAAAACCAAAACCAAUACCAUAACGGUCACCAUCCACCCAGAAGCGAGCAAUAUGCCGCUUGAAAACACACAACCCCAGAAACUCCCAGAAGCAGAAAGGGCACUUCCCCUUGCAGAAACGCUACCCGAUAUUUCUUUGGGAGAAAGAAAAGCCGUCCCAGCAAAGCGCCCUCGCCCACACAAAAGCAACGGCGGACCCAUCAAAGCCGUACUAGAUCUACCAGGCGAGGUCCUUCCGGAUCUACCAGUAGUCAACCAGAUCUUCCCAGAUCCUAAGCCACACAAACCGACCUUAGUGGGCUGGACCACAAUACCUCGAAAAUUCUCUAGAAACGGAUUUGGAGGACGCACCCCACCAAAAGGAAAAGGAACAGAGAUACUCUACCGCGGCAACGUCGGCAUACCGUGGGGAAGCAACAUAAUCACCGUCAGUCCGGCCGAAGCACACAAAUACAAAUACGUUGCACGGUUCACCGGGUCAAACAGCCAGCCCUGGACAGUUAUUGUAUGGAACAAGUACGGGCCUGACGGGAAGUUAACUGGCUGGUAUGGCCACUCUGCUCUGCGAUUCACUCUUGCGCCUGGUGAGACGCGGUUUGUUGCUUUUGAUGAGGACUCUGAAGGGGCUUGGGGUGCUGCUCCUGGGGAUCAUUUACCUAAGGAUCAAUGGGGUGGAUACUCGUGUACCUGGGGGGAGUUUACAUUCGGUGAUGGGGAGAAUAAUGGAUGGUCGGGGUGGGAUGUUUCGGCUAUUCAGGCGCAGGCUGCUAAUCAGCCUGUUCAGGGAAUGUCUAUUUGUCAGGCUGAUGGGAAGAAAUGCUCUAUUAUCACGCCUGGUGCUAGGAGGGUGGUUGCUGCUUAUACCAAAGCGAAAAAGCAUAUUGAUGGUAUUGGUGGUGAAGCGGUUCCUGGGCCUGUGAGGUUGAAUGUGGUGCUUGAUUAUCGGGGGUGA